GAUGCCAACCGCCGUUAAACCUCAUCUAAGAAAAAGACAGUUGCGUCAUCAUCUGAAAUGCACUGCGAGUGUCAGUUUGUUUGAUAGAUAAACAAGAACUACAUAACCUUAAACGAUUGCAAGGAAAAACAUAACUCGUAUUCUGGUGUGACCAUGGGGAAGGCCUUCUCCCUCCUGUCCAAGCAGGCAUGCUACGAUGACCCCCUGACCACCACACAGGACGAUGAUGGGAAGAGAGAGGACAUGUCCCAGUUCCCCUACGUAGAGUUCACAGGCCGGGACAGCGUCACAUGUCCCAGCUGCCAGGGCACUGGGAGGAUACCUAGAGGCCAAGAGAACCAGCUGGUGGCAUUGAUUCCAUACAGUGACCAGAGACUCAGGCCCAGGAGAACGAAGCUGUAUGUGACGGCCUCAGUGGCUGUGUGUCUGCUGCUGUCCAGCCUGGCUGUUUUCUUCCUAUUCCCUCGUACCAUAGACGUCUCUUACGGGGGCGUGAAGUCUGUCUUCGUCACCUACGAUGAGGAUAAGCGGAUUGUCUAUCUCAACGUGACAAACACUCUGAACAUCACCAAUAACAACUACUACAGUGUAGAGGUGUCUAACAUCACAGCCCAGGUCCAGUUCUUCAACACGGUGAUCGGGAAGUCCCGCAUCAAUAACAGCACCGUUAUCAGUCCUCUGGGCUUGCAGCAGGUUGACUUCAUGGUUCCCACCAUUAUAGCAGAUGAGAUGAGCUACAUGUAUGAUUACUGCACCCUACAGACCAUAAAGGUGCACAACAUUGUGGUUAUGAUGCAGGUGACGGUGACCACAGUGUACUUUGGCCACAUGGAGCAGGUCACUCAGGAGAUGUACCAGUAUGUAGACUGUGGAGGUAACACCACCACUGUGAGGGGAGGCGCAGCCCAAGGUGUCUAAUGCCCCAAUACCUCCAGAGUAACUCCCAUACUUGCCCCCGUGCCCUACCUGAGCCCGGUCCUGGUGAGGGUCCUUGGAUGCUAGUCUUUCAUCAGGGAUCUAGGAAACCUGCCAAAUCUGGAGAGCUACUGUGUGUGUAGGCUUUUGUUCCAGCCCUUCUCUAACACAGCUGAUCAGUUGGAUAUAGAAUGUUAGACCAGGGAUAAACGUGUCCACCCAGUAGCUCUCCAGGAGGAAGGUUAGCCACCCCAGCCGAAGAUGGUACACUUUCUCCUUCCUCUUCACCAUCCAUCUACUGAUGAAGACCCCACUGUCAUGCAUUUCUGUGUUAGCUUACUGUUUUGUUGGGAGUAUAUGCCAAAUGUGCAGUUGAGGGGAAGAAUUCAACCUGUCACUGUGACAAUGUAACAUUUCACAAUGCCACUCCAGACUCCUCCAAACCACUUUGAACUGUAAAUGUAUAUGAAGUAAUAGCACUUUCCUGUCUAUGGAUGAAGAUAACCUCUGAAAGAGUUCUCUCAGUAAUCUGAUCUCAAAUAAUUAUGAUAGUCAGAGAAGUUGAACCAACAGAUCUGGGACCAGUCUUCUAUUCUCAAAGUUGGACCUGUUGUAACACUAUAGUGUGUAUUAUUAUGACAUGAAUCUAGUCCAUUUAAAUCUGCUGAUUAAUUACAAUCCCCUAUAUAGCACUACUAGGGCUCUGUCCAAAGGUAGUGCGCUAUAUAGGGCCCUCAAACUCAACUCUGGACCUCAAAGCCAGUUCCACUGUGUUUUGUUUCAUUGUUCCCCUCUAGUCAUGGACUGCUUUAGACCUGGGACAACAGGUGGGGUGCAAUUAUCAGGUAGAACAGGAAACCAGCAGGCUCUGGACCUUGUCGGGUAAGAGUUGAAUCCCCCUGAUAUAGGAAAUAAGGUGCCAUUUGAGAUGAAGCCAGAAUGUGGCGUUUCCAGGAUUUCUCAGCUUGUAAUGACCAGGUUCUCCUUUAGAGGGCAGUCUGUACAAUAUGUGAAUUUGGACCAGUUUACUGUGAUCUGUUGUGUGUGAUCCGUUGACGUGAAUUAAGGCUUAUAUCCCUGAAAUUGAGUAAUUUAAGAUAUUAAGUUCCUUCUGCCACUCUGUUCCCAAUUGGUAAAAUAUUGAUUGAUUGAUUGAUAGUGAUUCCUUAUCAGUAAUUUACUCCUCUCAGUUUGUGCCUACGAGGGAGUUGCGUAAUGUUUUGUGAUCCCUACCUACUGCUGAUUUGUAUUUGACCAACUGAAUUUUUACAUUCCAUCUGAUCCAUUUUCAUGAUAUACAUAGAGGAUUUAUUAAUAACCUGCAAGGCACUGCGUUUUGAUAAUUUACUUCCCUUCCUAUCAAACUCAGUUGAAGAGUUUGUAGAACUACCUAGAUUUAAUGAAAACCUGUUUUUAAUACAACUUUUGUAAUAUGAUUCCUACCUACGUUGUAGAGAACCUUUUUGAAAUAUGAACUCAAAUUAAUAUAAACUACCCUCUUUCAUAGAUAUAAAUAUACCUUGAUUUUCUUAAUAAAUAAUCAACUGUAGUUUGCCAUUGUAAUUAGCAGUUUCCUAGGUUAUCGUAGAGCACAAUUAAUUUUGUUUUUGUUCCUAAUCAAGCACCUUAAUUGUGUAUGGAAGAGUGGUUCAGCUUUUGAUUGAAUGUUAGGAUCGAGUGAAGACUUGAAAUACUAUUGGUACAUCAAGAAGAGUGGUUUGAUGAUCUGACGAGGUUGUUCUUUCUGAAUGUCUACUUCUGUCGGGUAGAUACAUUAUUCUGAUUAACAACUAUUUGACUAGAUGUAAAUACAAGCUGUUUUUAAAGAGUAUAAAUGUAGUUUUUAUUUAUUUGCUUUUCAUCAUAUAUUAAAUUGUUUGUCCUA